AUGCAGAUAGUUGCCGAUCCUCCCUCGUUACUGUCACAGACUGCUUGGGGCAGUAUAGAGGGGGAGGCGGACAAGGACGAGGAGGAACAUGCAAGAAAGCGGCUGCGAGGAGAUGCGAGCUGCAUGAACGGGAACAAUUCGCAUCCCAGCAGCAUACAUGCCAGCGGUGCUGCUGGUGGUGGCAGCACAGACGCUAUGCCUCCCCUUGCCACGUGUGGUGAUCGCAGUGGCACCUCUGGUGACUUGCCAGGGAGUGGAUUCAUAGCAGCAGGUGGAGAGGAGGGUGUUUGUGCGUUUGUUGCAACAGGUGGAGCGAGAGACACGCUAGCCAGGGAGGGGGACAUGCGUGACAGUGGUGGGGUAGGCAUCUGCAGCGGCAGCACUGGUUCCGAUUCCAGCCUGAGUGCUCUUCCCUCCGUGCUUCCAUCAUCGCCGGACCUCGUGGCGCCCAUGAGGAGCGUCCCUUGCUCCAUCUGGGACCAGGACAAGCGUCGACUCAAAAGGGGGAAGACGCGCAACGUCACAGGAUCUCGUUGCGCCCAUGAGGAGCGGAGCUUCCCUCGCUCCAUCUGGCAGCAGGACAAGCGUGCCCUAUACCCCCAUUCGUCUCCUCUCCCCACCUCCCGCUCCGGCCGCAGGCUGUGGGUGUUCCCUCUCUCCUCCCUGGAUGCAUUUCUUGAAGCCGUGCAGUCGGUGCCAACCUGUGAUGUGGAGGGAGUGUGGGUGGUCCUGUUCCCUCUCUCCUCCCUCGAUGCAUUUCUCGAAGCCGUGCAACCGGUGCCAACAUGCGAUGUGGAGGUGAGUGAGUGUGGAGCCAUGCGACUCAGGAGGCCUGUGGGUGAUGCAAGUGAACAAGGCCUCUGGCUGUUCCUCUCCUCCUUGGAUGAGUUCCUUCGUGCCAAGAUGCAAUUUGGAGGUGGAGCCGUUGCCGGCCGUGGUGAAGCGAGCACUGGAGGAGACAGCCAAGCUACCAGACGAUUCAGGAGGUGGCUGGGUGCUGGUAGUGGGCGAGAGAGUGCUGGGGAAGACGGUGCAGGCCAUCGUGCGAGUGCGGACAGCGGAGGAGAGAGUGCUGGGGAAGACGGUGCAGGCAACACGGCUGCCAGUGCUGACUCACACCAGUUUGCUUUAUCAAGAGGCAGGCGGGUGUUGAUAGCAGACGAGAUGGGGCUGGGAAAGACGGUGCAGGCAAUAGGGCUGGGCUGUUGGUUUGCUCUGUCGCGUGGUGGCCGGGUGUUGAUAGCAGACGAGAUGGGGCUGGGAAAGACGGUGCAGGCAAUAGGGCUGGGCUGUUGGUUUGCUCUGUCGCGUGGUGGCCGGGUGCUGAUAGCAGACGAGAUGGGGCUGGGAAAGACGGUGCAGGCAAUAGGGCUGGCUGCAUGCUACAGGGACGAGUGGCCCGUGCUUGUCAUCGCCCCCUCCUCUCUGCGCCUGCACUGGGCCAUGGCCAUAGGGUUGGCUGCAUGCUACAGGGACGAGUGGCCUGUGCUUGUCAUCGCCCCUUCCUAUCUGCGCCUGCACUGGGCCAUGGUGAGGCAUGUGGGUGGACUGGGAACGUGCAGAGCAAGGUUAGUGAAGGCAAUGCUGCACCUUGCUCUGUCAGCAUUGUCUGCACGACAAUGCUGCAUGGGCAUAGGUCAUGGUCAUGGUGAGUGGCCCGUGCUUGUCGUUGCCCCUUCCUCUCUGCGCCUGCACUGGGCCACGAGCAUCAUGCGGUGGCUCGACCUGCCUCCUGAAGACAUCACGGUGGUGAUGCCUCAGGGGGGCGCCACUCGCAGCAUUAACGGGUUCAACUUUGUCCGCUGCUCUCGCAACCAGCCCCUCUCACUGCAAUCACCCUUCAACAUAGUCUCCUAUGACCUGCUUGAUCGCCUGGAGCAGCCAGAUGAGCCGUUCAAGGUGGUGAAAGCAUACGAGUCGCACUACCUCAAGAACUGCAAGGCCAAGCGCAUAGGCCUGGCUGUGGUGAUAGCAGACGAGUCCCACUACCUCGAGAACUACAAGGCCAAGCGCACAGGCCUGGUUGUGGCGCAACAAGUGCAUCACAUGCACCCCACACCAACCCCCCCUCCCUUCCCCAUGUAUGCACCUUCCUGCCAGGUGGUGAUAGCAGACGAGUCGCACUACCUUAAGAACUACAAAGCCAAGCGCACAAACCUGGCCGUUCCACGAUUGCAGGCAGCCAACAGGGCCAUUCUUCUCACGGGCACACCGGCCCUCUCACGCCCCAUCGACCUCUUCAAGCAGGCACGUGUUACCGAGCUGCCUGCGUUCUUACAUUCCCCGCCAUGCCCCAUCCCCUCCCUUCCUUUCCUCGCUUCAGCCGCUGCUUAUCGCAAGCUGGGGGAGUACGGCAAUAGGUACUGCUGCGGGGUGACUUCUGAGCUGGAGGCGCUUCAGCCGCGUGCCUAUCACAAGCUGGGGGAGUAUGGCAAGAGGUACUGCCGCGGGCCACCCCUCACCCACCCCUCACCCACCCCUCCCCCACCCCUCCCCCACCCCUCACCCACCCCUCACCCACCCCUCACCCACCCCUCUCCCACUUCCCGCCCCCGUCGCCUUCACUCUUCCCCCAUCCUCUCAUCCCUCCCCCCAUCCCUCGCCCAUCCCUCCCCUCAUCCGUCCGCCAUCCAUCCGUCAUCCCUGCCCCACCGCUACCCAUCUGCUGUUUUCCUCGUUGUGCAGGUGCUGCUGAUGCUGGAGGAGAAGGCCAUGAAGCCCAUUCGCGCACUGCAUAUGCAGGUGGGUUGUGGGAGGGAGGGAUUGAGUACAAAGGGAGGUGGAAAGAGAGGGAAGCAUGCUGGAGAGAAGGCCAUGAAGCCCAUUCGCGCAAUGCACAAGCAGGUGGGUUGGUGGGGGAGGGCAGGGGGGAGAAACAAGGUGGAGAAGAGUCAACACCCCUCUUAUCCGUCCUCUUCCCCCUCCCCCAAACCCCAAAACCUCUCCCCCCACGCACACAUAAACCAGCUGAGAAAGGUGCGGGAGAAGAAGGCGGCUGCAGGGGGUGCAAGUGGGGACUUUCGAGACUCAUCAGUCAAUCCCCUACCCUUCCCCCCACAACGACCCCCCCACGCACACAUAAACCAGCUGAGAAAGCUGAGAAAGGUGCGGGAGAAGAAGAGGGCGGCAGCGACUGCGGAAAAGGAGAGCGAAGCAGUCAUUGAGGAGAGGGCUCUGGUGUCCCGGGUGAGUGGGGAAUGCUUGAAAGAGGGAUAUGUUUCCUGUCUGGUUGGCCUAACGUCUGCUGCAGAGGGGGAGAGUGCAGCAGUGAUGGAGGACAGGGCGCUGGUGUCCAAGAAGCAGCAGAACCUUCCCCCUUCCCUUCCUUCAUCACCUCCGUUCCCAUGCGAGCAGCUCUACACGGAGUCGGCAGAAGCGAAGGUGGAUGUGAAUGCUGUGAGGGAUGACCCAUCACCACUCGUGACUGAUUGUUCCCCCAAUGAGCAGCUGUACACGGAGUCGGCAGAAGCGAAGGUGGAUGCUGUGAGGGAGUACCUGGGGACCACGCCACGCCCCAUCACCCUCCUCUCACCACCCUCAGAGUCACAUUUCCGCUUUCCAUCCCUCAUUCCCACCCACCCCUUCGAUUGCCUCCAUCCCCCAUGCGAGCAGCUCUACACAGAAGACGGCAGUUACAUUUCCCCUUUCCUGCCCUCAUCCCCAUGCGAGCAGCUGUACACGGAGUCAGCUGAGGCAAAGGUGGAUGCUGUGAGGGAGUACCUGGGGACGAUGCUGGAGGGGGGGUGCAAGUUCCUGGUGUUCGCCCAUCACAUGACCAUGAUGGAUGCUCUUUCCGACUUCUUCCAGAAGGAGAAGGUUGGGUACAUUCGCAUUGACGGGGGCACUGCGCCUGAAAAGAGGCACCAUCUGGUGUCGCGCUUUCAGGAAGACGCUGGCACUCGUGUGGCUGUGCUGGGCAUUCAUGCAGCAGGGGUGGGUCUCACGCUCACAGCAGCCAGCACGGUGGUGUUUGCAGAGAUGGCGUGGAAUCCGGGGGACCUGGUGCAAGCAGAGGACAGGGCGCACAGGAUAGGCCAGGCCAAUUCGGUGAAUGUGUAUUACCUGCACGCCCCUGAAACCAUUGAUGACCUCAUAUGGAGCGUUGUGCAGCACAAGCUGGAGAAUCUGGGACAGGUGAUGGACGGAGAGCAGAAGCAGUCGCUGCAGGUGAUGGACGGAGAGCAGAAGCAGUCGCUGCAGGUGCACAAGGACCCUCGCCAUGCUGCCCCUGCUGCUGCUCUUGCAGGCAGGAAGAAAGGAGGGGGCGAUGAGCAGCAGGGGGAGCAGAGCAGUGGGAAGUGGGGGGAGCUUACCCACGGGGGUGUGACUGAUGGAGGUGUGACUGUAACGGGGUGUGGGGGUGGGGAUGAGAAGAAGAGGCAGCGCACGAUCAGUGAGAUGUUUCAGCCGCCGAGCUAG